CACUCACUCACUCUCAUGCACAGGCUCGGAGAAAGCUGCGCCUUUUCUUAGCCCAGACAUUCACUCUCUCUCAUUCACUGGCGCACACGCACAUUGAGAGACGGGCAUGUGUCGAUGUAUGCAACAGAUCUGACUAAAAGCAGAGCGCUUUUGUGUGCUAUUCUUUUCCGAAAAAAGAAAAGUGUACUUAUAUAUUUAUUCAUGUAUUUAUUUUUUUAAUCUGUUUUGCGGAGUUCUUUGCGGACAUUGAGCAGCGGCCGAACGACUGAACAUGCCAGACGUCUGAGAAGACAUCUGUACCCUCUCCACGAUUAUUUUCCCUCUGUGGAAGUAAUCGCCACAGUGUCCGCGCAGAAGAUGGGGACAAAAACGAUCAAAACCAAAGAAAAUAUAUUCCUCAAACUACUGCUUUUGGUUGCGCUUAUGCACGACGUCGCUGGUAAGACUUUGAAAUAUAAAGUUUACGAGGAGCAGAAAGUGGGCACAGUUAUUGCACUGUUAAAGGAAGAUGUAUCCGCAGUUUUAUCCAAACUACCGAGUUCCUUGACCUUUCGGUUCCGCGCUAUGCAACGGGGGACUACGUCCUUUCUGUCCGUCCGGGAGGAGGACGGGGAGAUCAGCAUUGCCACCAAAAUCGACCGUGAGAAGCUUUGUGAGAAAAACUUGAACUGCUCGAUUGAAUUCGACGUGGUCACUCUCCCAACGGAGUACCUGCAGCUUUUCCAUGUGGAGGUAGAAGUGCUGGACAUUAACGACAACUCCCCGCACUUCUCACGCGCUAUCGUUCCCAUUGAGAUCUCCGAGAGCGCAUCCGUGGGGACGCGCAUCCCGUUGGAUGGAGCCGUGGACGCGGACGUCGGGGAGAAUUCCCUGCACACAUAUUCUCUCACACCAAAUAACUUCUUUAAGAUCGACAUCAGGACCAGGACAGACGGAGCCAAGUAUGCAGAGCUGGUGGUGAUGAGAGAAUUAGACCGGGAGGUGCAGUCCAGCUACCAGCUGCAACUCACGGCCUCGGAUAAUGGUUUACCUCCAAAGUCUGGCUCCACUUUGCUCAAGAUCAGCAUCUCUGAUUCAAACGACAACAGCCCAGCGUUUGAUGAGCAGGCUUAUAUCAUCAGUUUGCUGGAAAAUUCUCCUCUUGGGACUCUAAUCAUUGAUUUAAACGCCACAGAUCCAGACGAGGGCACUAAUGGAAAAAUAGUCUACUCCUUCAGCAGUCACGUCUCUCCAAAGAUCUUGGAAACAUUUAAGAUAAAUCCAGAAAAUGGCCACAUUACUCUUAUUAAAAAAGUAGACCAUGAAACCACUGCUUCCUAUGAGCUGGAUGUUCAGGCCCAGGACUUAGGCCCCAAUUCUAUCCCUGGACUUUGCAAGAUUGUGGUGAAAGUGGUGGAUGUGAAUGACAACAAACCAGAAAUAAACAUCAACCUGAUGACACCUGGCAAAGAGGAAGUGGCCUACAUUUCAGAGGGUGCCCCUGUGGACACCUUUAUAGCUCUGGUGCGUGUUGAUGACAUCGACUCUGGGCUCAAUGGUGAGGUGGUGUGCAGGCUGCAUGGUCAUGGCCACUUCAGACUCCAGAAGACCUACGAGAAAAACUACAUGAUCCUGACCAAUGUCUCUCUGGACAGGGAGAAGAGGUCAGAGUACAGUCUGACAGUUAUAGCUGAGGACAGAGGCUCCCCCAGUCUCUCCACCAUCAAACACUUCACAGUUCAGGUGCUGGACGAAAAUGACAAUCCACCAUGCUUUGAGAAGAGCCGCUACGAAGUCUUCAAAUCAGAGAACAAUUCUCCUGGAGCCUACCUGAUGACUGUGGUGGCCUCAGAUCCAGAUCUGGGCACCAAUGGUCAAGUCACAUACACCAUCAUAGAUGCAUUAAUUCAGGGGAGCCCUAUCUCAACUUAUGUCACCAUUGACCCUUCUAAUGGUGCCAUCUACGCCUUACGCAGCUUUGACCAUGAAGAUGUCAGCCGGAUCACCUUCACCAUACAGGCACACGAUGGGGGAAACCCUGCACUAUCAACUAAUACCACCGUCCUGCUUACUGUUUUGGAUGAAAAUGACAACCCGCCCAUCAUCCACUCCCCCUCCCUCCGAAACCAUACCGCUGAGCUGCCGGUGUGGAAGUAUGCAUCACCAGGUCAGCUGAUCACUGCGCUUAAAGUCACAGACAGAGAUGCUGGUGCCAAUGGAGAGGUGAGCUGUGCCAUCAUUGGUGGCAAUGAGAAUGGGCUGUUUGUGAUGGAUUCCCGGCGAUGUGAGCUCAGAACUAAUGCCAGCCUGGAGCAGGCUCCACGGGAUGUGAUGGAGAUCAGGGUGGAGGUGCAGGACAGGGGCACCAAUCGCAUGUCAACAGGGGCUCUCCUCAGGCUCUCUCUGCAAGAGACUAUGGACAUCCUCCCUCCUCUCUACCCCACCGGCUCCAGCCAGGCACCACUCGAUCUCUCCCUCGUUAUUAUCUCUCUGUGUGCCGUUUGCGCUUUGCUGCUCAUUGUCAUGGUGAUGUUUGCCACUGCCCGCUGCAGCCGUGAGAAGAAGGACCCAAGACACAACUACAACUGCAGAGUAGCAGAGAACAGCUACCAGAACCAUCCUAAGAAGCCUGCCAGGCAGAUCCACAAGGCUGAUAUCAGCCUGGUCCCGACCGUCAAUGGGACCCUGCCCGUGCGUGCCCACCCACGCUCCCCCUCCGCUUCCCCUACACCUGAGAGGGGUACCCUGGGGAGCAGGCAGAGCCAUCACAGCCGGCAAUCCCUCAACAGCCUGGUCACUAUCUCCUCCAAUCAUGUGCCAGAGAACUUCGCCCUGGAGCUGGCCCAUGCUACACCUCCUGUAGAGCAAGUCUCACAGCUUCUGUCCAUGCUUCAUCAGGGUCAGUACCAGCCACGACCAAACUUCAGAGGCAACAAAUACACCAGGAGCUACAGAUAUGCCUUGAAUGAGAUGGAUAAGUUCAGUCUGAAGGACAGCGGUCGUGGAGACAGUGAAGCCGGGGACAGUGACUACGAGCCUGGCAGGGAGUCACCCAUGGACAGACUCCUCGGUGAGGGCUUUACUGAGAUAUAUGCCCCUGAUGGCCAGCACAGAACGCAUGCAGCAAUGAGGCUCUGCACAGAAGAGUGUCGUGUCCUGGGUCACUCAGAUCAGUGUUGGAUGCCCCCCCUGGCUUCUCCGGCCUCAUCCGACUACCGCAGCAAUCUCUACAUACCCGGGGAAGAAUCCCGCCAAACCACUGACCUCUCCCAGGACAAGACCCCGCAGCCCUGCACUGACACUGGCCCUGCAAGGAACCAGAGCUUCUCCACCUUUGGCAAGGAUCUGAGCAGUGAGGACGGUGGAGAAGAGGAGGCAGGAGAACAUGGUGAGAGUGUGGCCAGAGAUGAAGACUUGUGUGGAACCACUUCAUUGCUGUCAGAGAUGAGCAGUGUGUUCCAGCGGUUGCUGCCACAGGGUCUGGAUUCCUACGUCCAGGUCAAUGAGAACCAGAAGGGGACUAGCCUGAGUGGGGUGGGCGUUCCCAUAACUGGAUCUCUGGAUCGCAGGAGGGGGCAUCUCCCUGGCAAGUCCAACCCCUCUGUCCACCAGCAGGGAGUGGCUGCCUGGGCUGCCAACACCCACUUCCAGAACCCUGGGAGCAGUAUUGGCCCAUCUGGCCACCACCAAGGUGGCACCUACCACACUCUUAAACCCAGUACCAAGCUCAGCUCCCAAAGUAGUAGCCACAAAGGCUCUCAGGGGCCCAAAAACAGCCCUCAGAACUGCGGCCACACCACUAAACCCAACAGCAGCCCCCUGCUCACGGCACUGGUCAGCCCCACUCUAGUGCAGCCUUCCCCUGCCUCGGUACCAGUGCCGGUUCCACUCCCCGGGUCCUCCUCCAAGUGGCUGCCAGCGAUGGAGGAGAUCCCAGAAAACUACGAAGAGGACGAUUUUGACUCAGUGCUCAGCCACCUUCAGGGCAAACGCAGUGAUAGUCGACAUGAGCUGGUGGACGCCAGCGAGCUGGUGGCUGAGAUAAACAAACUCUUACAGGAUGUUCGGCAGAGCUAAACUUCCUGCUUCUUAUCCUCUUUAUUUAUUUACCACUCACUGACUUCCUUUAAUUUAACUAAAGUGGGAGACAGUGAGUGGCAAAAGAAGGACAGAAAACUGAAACAAAUACAAAGGACCCGCAAUUGUCGUUAAAGUUGCAUUUCUAACGUAAUAACUGUGUUUUGUGAAUGCUAAAUAUCCAAAAAGAAAAAAAAAGUAUUUGUAUUUGCUGGUUUGGUACACAAUGUACACAAUGUGACUGUAUUUAUCUUUGUAUUUUAAAAAUACAUUUGUAUACUUAUAUUUAUAAAAAAAAUGUAUAUAAACUUAAUCAGAAGUCUAUUUUUAUAUUUUGAAUGCAUGUUGAGUACAAAAAACAUUGAAUCAAGACUUUGACAUGCGAUUGACAUUCUAAAUAUUUAAAUUGUCUUUUGUAUUGUGAUUCCUUUUUUAUUUGUCACUAUGGUAUGUAUACCUGAAUAUAUUAUUGCAUUAAUGGACAUUUGUCUUUGUGGAUUAUUGUGGGGAAGUGGACAGUACACAAAUAAAAAUAAUAAUACACAAACAAUAUUCACUUGUCUGUGGUUUAUGUAUAAGUUUUGUUGUAGUAUUAUUUAGUACUUAUCUUGUGUAUCUCCAAUGAACAACACGCAGUUUGUUCCAUGUACGACUGCAGUUCAGUACUGUACAAGUAAGUCUUACAUCUGACACAAAACUUUC